GUAAUUUAAAAUAGAAGACCAAGAUGCUCCAUAGAACUUCUUCAUCAAGGCGACGCCGCGCUUCUAGGAGUGCCGCAACUUCUCCCCAAGCCAGGUCUCCAAGAACAUCAGCACAGCCAUCUAGAAGAGCAUCAUUGGCCGCGACAGAGACUGACGAGGAAAUGGAGCCGGCGCCUCAAAGGAGUCCUCGCGCGAGUCUUGCUCCCGAGGCUGCUAUGGACUUCCACAGAAGUCCACGUCACUCCUUAGUCCCUGAAGUCAGGUCAGCUAGAAACUCUAUCACUCCAGAUACCGCAAUGCAAAUGAGAAACAAUUUGGCACCGUCGAGAAAUAAUCUAGCAGUUGACAUGAACUAUGGAUCUAGGCUAAGUCUGAACCCUCAAGACUUCAACAGAAGCCCCAGAAACAGUAUUACACCAGACGUAACCGCAAGAAGCCCUAGAAGAAGCUUGGUACCAGAAGGUACAUCUUGGAAUCUACCAAGAAAUUCCUUGGUUCCUGAUAUCGGUAGGAGUCCGAGGCAUUCGGUAGCAAAUAUACAGUUGGACCCAGCUCGGAGUCAGAAAGAGCUAGGUCCCAGUCCACGCACAAGUCCAAGGGGGAGUAUAGUUCCUGAAUCUAGUCUUAAGAAGGAUCUACCAGAUAUCAGCAGGAGUCCGAGAGGUUCUCUGGUGCCAGAUUCUCAGAGAAGCCCUAGAGGGAGCAUUGCGCCAUCAGAGAGGAGUGCACGGGGAAGUUUGGUUGCUGCAGAGGGUGAGACACUGAGAGUCAGUCCAAGAGGUAGUUUGACCUUGACCUUCCAAGAGCCGUUGGUGUCGAGGGAAAGAAGGGCAAGCGAGGAUAGUCAGGCGGCUGGUACUCGAGGAAGAAGUGUCUCUCCGUACAGGGCGUCACUGGGAGGUCGGCAGAGCGGCACAGGAGCACUCUCCGACACGGGCUCCAGAAGAGCUUCCAGUUCAGUUAGUCAGGUAUCUGGAGACGAACAGAGGAGGCUGUGCGGUGAGCAAGCCAAGUACAACGACCGCAGCGGCUUGGGGCUGGGAGUGGGGCUGACCACAUACGGCUCGGUGGCGUACCAGCUGAAGGAUGCUAAUAUGGAAGCGUCUGGAACUGUGGACUUCGUAUGCCGUGCUGCCAAGAUCAUGAACAGAACUAUUGUGAUGACUGUGUUCCUCGCCUGCCUCGCCACCCUGCCCGUCAUUAUGCUCAUAAUGGGAGUCCAGUACAUCAGAGAUUGUCCUGCCGAGCCUCGGAUCCCGGUCUACAUGGUGGUUGGCGGUGCUGCAGGUGGCGCUGGGAUUUGCUGGCUGCUGUGGGCACAAUUAGCCAGCAGGACCUCCAACUCCUCGGCCAGCGUUCCCGAGAAAGUCCUCGCUUAUACGCUCACAAUAUUCCUGAUGGCUUGGUUCGCGUUCGGCAACUACUGGACUUUGGGCAUCAUGUGGCCGGACUACGCCCCGACCCUGUUCGAGCCUAAUCAAUGGUGCCACCGCACGCUGUACGUCUUCGCCCUCACACAGCUCGGACUGGUGUGGGGCGUGGUGACGUUGCUCAUGAUGCUGUUAAUGGCGCUUGUCGUUUGCCAGGUGUUCGGCUGCGGGUGGUUGGGACCACCUCGAUACAAGUAGCAACGGCGCAGCGUCGUGCUCGAGUUGUGGCACAGAAACAUCAACAACACGAUGGACGUCGCCGGGGCUCUGCUCCCCUUCACCCAUGUAGUCAGGCCUGAGCUGACCAUCCAUGUGCAGGAGGUCCUCACCCAGGCCGACCGCGAAACAGACCCCCAGAAAACCAAGACGCCCAUCCCACAAAUUAACGAACCAAGUGACAACGACGACAAAAGUCCCGUGUCGCGUAGUCCGACUAGAAUCGUAAGUGACAGUGCCAAGACUAGAGCCGGUAGUCCGACUGAAUACUGUAAAGUGAAUGAGGUGGUCAAGGCGAACACUGGGAGAAAGGGCAACCCAGCCUGAUGGUUAUUGUUUGUGAUGCCACCGCACGGCAAAAAACACGUACACUUUGAAACUACUGAUAAGAUUUAUUACUUCUAGACGUAGUCGCAUGUAGUACGAGUAUAGUGAUAAUAAUUAAUGUGAGUUUAAACACUGAUUAUGUAUUUUAUGUUGUAUUCGUGUAAGGUUCAGAUUAUAACUAAAGUUCCUGUGCAAAUUUCGUCUGAAUCAGUUGGUUUUAGAAUAUAAAUAUAUUUAUUAUUUUUAACAUGUACAUUAUCAGUAUUAAUGCUUUUUAAAUGCGUAUAUUUUUUUCGCAAUAUCUAUAAAAAUGUAGCGUGAAAGUUUUGUAAAAAUAUAGAAUAACAUACAACGAAUAUGAAUAUAUUUAAAUAUGUGUAAAUAAGAAUCAUGUAAUGUCACUAUUGAAAUAUCAUAUUUGUAGAAAAUAUUUGAAAAAAUGUAUGAGUUUAUUCUUAAAAUACUAAUUCCCAGAAAAAUACAGCUGACAUUUUAUUUAUACUUUUGGCUUGAAAUAACAUUUAAAAAUCAAAUAUAUAUCAUUGAUGUUUUAUAUUGUCCAUGAUAAUUAUGAGAAAUGAAUAAGCAUGAUCACGCAAUGGACUGUUUAUAAUAAAAUAUUGUCCUUGUGCAUAUCAAAAUAGAGUUGAUUAUAGACCAACAAAUAGUGCUACAUUUCAAUUGAGUAGUAUUUUCAGAAUAAACUAGUCAAACUUAUGUACAUAGUCUCGACUAGUGUAUGGUUUUGAUAUAGGUAUACAACUUUCGUGUGCACAAUCAUGAAUAAUCUCAAAAUAUUAUUUAUAAUAAAUGUCGUCGGAUUUAAUAUAAUUAUUGUGAGAUAUUGAAUUGAGCCUCGAGACAAUCAAUUUUUCAAGCAACGUAACAUUUUGACUAACAAUUAAGUAUUAUGUUUUAGAGUACAUAUCAAAAUAUAUUACGUGAUUUUAAGUUUAUAGUGAUAAUUUGCAUUUAAAUUAAUUUUCUAACAAUUCAAGACGUUAAUGCAAUCCGAUUACCACAUGACGUAGUACGUGCUACUUGACAGUUUGCAUACCUACCGAAUCAUACUAAAUUAUAAAAUUCAUACAUCAUCGCAACGGAAAUAUUUAUGACGAGUAGCUUUGUUUAUAUCUGUCGCUAAGCAGAAGCGUAUAAGUCGUUUUGUGUGACUUUUGAAAGACUUGGUUAAUAGUUUAACUAGGUACCCACCUAAUGGGAUUUCAAAACGUAGGUCUUAGAGUGAAACACGCACACCAGUGUCGUGUUGAACUUGAUAUUACAAACAAGUUUGUAUACCAAAUGAUUAUGUAGUGUUAUUAGUAAAAUGUAUAAAAAAAUACAGAUACAAAAAUGUUGAAUAUCGCGUAUUUUUUAUUUUAUAUUUUUCACGUGAAAGUUAAUGAAAUGUCUCGAGUUUCAACUCAAAUGGAUCACGUAAAAACUGCAUGGAUACAGGCUUUAAUAGAAUUCUGUGAAUAAAAUAUUUUUAUAUAAAAAUGAAAAUCAAUAAGUCAUUUAAUACGUGUAUUUUGGUGUGCUUUUAGAUACCGUGUUUACUGCUAUAAAUUAUA